AUGUCACGUAAUGAAGGUAAUCUUGGUGCUAUUCAAUCGUACGACAGUGAGAUUUUAACUGCCGGGACUAUGCAAAAAAAAGCAAUUAAUUCCGGUGCAGCAGGGAAUUUUCUCAGCAAGUCUUGGAAUUCAAGCAGCAAUAACCAGACAAGACCAACAGCAUGCACAAUAGUCGAUUCUGACUUCCAGAAAAAACAAGUUCAAGAUUUUAUUACACGUUUAUAUUCUGUAGUUUUAAUCAUCAAGCCAGUUAGUUAUAGCUAUACUAUCGAUGACUAUAUCAAAUCAAACUUAGGCAAAGCAGCUGCAUUGGAUGAACAUGUCAGUGCCGACUUUGUUGCAACGUUGAAAAAUUUUUACACGAACAAUAAUAAUGCACCAAGAAAUGCCAAUCAAUAG